AUGGCGUCCCGCGCAGAAACCAUCCAGCAAAAUCACGAGCCCCGCCCUGACCCGCAAUCCCUGACUUCCAAUCCAGAUGCCUCCCAAAACUCCUCCACUGGCGUUGACUAUGAGCCACAUCCUGAGCAGUCAAUCAAGGUCUCACCAGAGAGGGAGAAGAUAGUGAAGAGCAUCACGAGCUUGUACUCUGGGAGCGCCAGCGAGGAGGACAUGCAGGUGUACGCGAAGGAGGCAAUCUACGACGAUCCAUGGAGCUAUUGUGACACCAGGUAUAAAAUUGCGGGGCAGUGGUACGGUAUACCCAAAGUCAUGGCCUCCUCGAAGACCCUGUCCACCGAGAUCGUCUCUAGCACCGACACAGAGCUCAUCUUCAAAAUGAAGCAAGAGUACACUCCGCGGGUAGUUCAGUCUACGAAGCCGGUCAAUAGCCUGGUAUCGUUGACAUUGGAUGGAGAGGGAAAGGUCAAAUACCACAAGGACAUGUGGAAUGAUAAGGACUACAGCCAUGAGGGCCUGGGAAAGAUCAUGAAGACAUUGAAUGGGGAUCACUUGACGAAGAUCACGAGACCGCCAGGGGAUUUAUGA